AUGAAACGGAGACAUCUCUUCCUCAGGUUCAGUCAUAAUCAUCCAUUGCCAAGAUCCCUCGAUUUCCUCUUCAAAACCUUCUCUAAUCUUUCUUUACAAUUACCCACAACCAAUUAUCACCCUCACCACCAUCUAAUCAGCCUCAUCUCUACCAGUAAAACCCUAAAACAUCUUCUCCAAAUCCACACCCAAUUAGUAAUCUCAGGCUUCAUACAAGACAAUAUCACAAACACCCACCUCAUAGAAUCUUAUUCAUUAUUCAAAAAAAUCAAUCUUGCUCGAUUAGUUUUCAAUGCGACCUCAAACCCAAGUGUUAUAUUAUGGAAUUCGAUUAUUAAAGCUCAUAUAAGAUCAAACCAACAUCAAGAAGCAAUUCUUAUGUACAAUAAAUUGUUAAACACUGAUUCUUUUGCAGGACAACCGGACAAGUAUACUUACACAUUUGUACUCAAAGCUUGUACUCACCUUUUGGAUAUUGAAGAUGGUAUCUUGCUUCACGAAGAGAUUGUUAACAGAGGUUUGGAAUCCGAUGUUUUCAUUGGGACUGGACUUGUUGAUAUGUAUUGUAAAUGUGGGGAUCUGGUUCACGCACGACAAGUGUUUGAUAAAAUACCUAACAAAGAUGUGGUGGUGUGGAAUGCAAUGAUAGCUGGGUUAUCACAUAGUUCUGAUUUUGCGCAGGCGGUUGAGGUAUUCCGGAGCAUGCAGCUUCAGGGUGAAGUGGAGCCAAAUAGCGUCAGCCUGUUGAAUCUGUUUCCAGCAAUUUGCAAGUUAUCAAGUGUUAGAUUGUGCAAGUGUAUUCAUGGGUUUGUGAUCAGGAGAAAUUUUCCCAAAGCCAUUGUGAAUGGAUUGAUUGAUGUAUACUGUAAGUGCAAAAGUACAGAUCUUGCUUACCGGGUCUUUGAGCUAAUGCAAGAACCAGAUGAUGUUUCAUGGGGUACACUGAUGGCAGGAUUUGCGCUUAACGGGUGUCAUUAUGAAGUCCUGGAAUUAUACGAUCAGAUGAAGAACAGUCAUCUAAAGGUAAAUGUUGUAUCAGUUGUAAGUGCUUUAUCUGCAGCUGGUGAAACGAGAGAUUUAAAAAAGGGAAAGAUGAUUCAUGAAUGUGUCAAGAAAAACAAGUUUGAUUCUGAUAUUCGUGUAUCUACUCCUCUUAUCACAAUGUAUGCAAAGUGCGGUGAGUUAGAAAAGGCUCGAGAUUUAUUCCACAGACUUUCUGGAAAAGAUAUGGUGGCUUGGUCUGCAGUUAUCGCUGCUUUUGCACAAUCUGGUUAUCCUGAAGAAGCACUUUCUCUAUUUCGGGAUAUGCAAUAUGCCAGUUUCAAACCAAGUAUGAUAACAAUAGUUGGUGUUCUUCCAGCUUGUGCAGAGUUGUUCUCCAAGAAACUGGGAAAAAGUCUGCAUUGCUAUGCUGUUAAACACAAUAUGGAUUCUGAUAUUUCGAUAGAAACUUCCCUCGUGGCCAUGUACGCUAAAUCUGAUGAUUUCACUUCAGCUGAGCUUGUUUUCUAUAGAAUGUUUUACAAAGAAGUAGUGGCAUGGAAUGCUUUGAUCAAUCGGUAUGCUCAGAUUGGUGAGGCUGAUCUUGCAUUCAAGAUGUUUAGCAGGCUACAGUCAUCAGAUGUGCAACCUGACCCUGGGACUUUGGUGGGCGUGGUUUCAGCUGCAGCCCAUUUGGGCGAUCUAAAUCUAGGAGGCAGCAUUCAUGGGCUUGUUACGAAAUAUGGGUUUGAAUCAGAUUGUAAUGUGAAUAAUGCUCUUAUUGACAUGUAUGCCAAAAGCCAAAGCCUUGCCUCUGCUGAACUGUUGUUUUGUUUAACCAAAAGGAGAGAUCAGGUACUGUGGAAUGUAAUGAUUGGAGCAUAUAUGCGCCAUGGAUACGGUCAAGAAUCCAUUUUUACAUUCCGCCAAAUGAAAACUGAAGACUUUCGGCCUAGUUUAGUCACACUUGUGAGCGUACUUCCAGCAGCAGCAUAUUUAGCAGCCAUAAAAGAAGGGUCUGCUUUGCAUGCUGAUAUUAUCCAAACGGGUUAUCUGUCUCAUACCGCUGUUUGCAACAGUCUUAUCGACAUGUACUCAAAAUGUGGGCGUGUUGAUUACGCAGAGACUGUUUUUAACGAGAUCAACGUUAAAGACACAGUUUCUUGGAACGUAAUGCUGGCUGGAUACGCAUUAAAUGGCCGUGGGGAUCAUGCUUUUGGUUUCUUUUCAAUCAUGCAAGAAAAUCUUGUCGAAAUCGACCCUGUGUCGUUCGUCAGCGUGUUGUCAGCUUGUCGGCAUGCAGGUUUAGUUGAGGAAGGCAAGAAUGUUUUUAGUUCAAUGAAGGUAAAACACCAUAUGGAGCCGAAGUUAGAACACUACGCUUGUAUGGUUGAUUUGUUGGGAAGGGCCGGGUUGUUUGAUGAAACUUUGGCGUUAAUCGAGUCGAUGCCGAUGGAAGCUGAUGCUGGAGUUUGGGGGGGUUUAUUGGGUGCAUGUCAAAUGCAUUGUAAUGUGAAGGUAGCAGAGUUAGCUUUAGAUAAUCUUGUGAAGCUAGAGCCAGGAAACCAAGCUCACUAUGUGGUUUUAUCGAGCAUAUAUGCAGAAUCCGGCCGAUGGGCCGAUGCAAGAAGCUUGAGGACGAAGAUGAUCGACAUGGGACUUAAGAAAACUCCGGGGUAUAGUUGGAUCAACGAAAAGCAAGAUCUACACCUGGUGGAGGGAUGAGAAGCCGAUCAUAUAGAGUCAUGGAUUCGAACCUCUUUCUAGUAGUAAAUCGAACCAAACAAACAAAGUAUAUCUCCAACGUCGAGGAAAUGGGCCUCUAAGAUAAUUAAAAAGCAAAAAUCAUUUUAUAAAAUGACUAUUUGCGUAAAAAUCUUUAAUGAUAAGAACUCUCUAAAAU